UUCCUCUCCACAGGUACAUUUCCCCGAUUGUCUUCAUAUUUAGGAUGAGAAUCUACUGACAAACUGAAAAAGUUGGGUCAGAGAUGGAUUUUAAAGCACGUGAGUUGGUGUGGCUCACUCAGAUUAAUGAGGUGUUCAGUGACAACCCUGUGAUUUUAAACGCAAAUGGUCAGAAUGUACAAAAACAAAUUAUAAAGUUGAAAAACCUGCUGUAUAAGAGAACGAAAUUAUGGUGGAACAAAAAUUUUCUAGAGAACUAUCUUUCUAAAGGUAUUAUCCCUCGAGGACUGAGAGUCCAGGUGUUCCCGUCCUACCCAGUGGAUGACCCGAUCUUUAAGAACAAAUGGGAGGAACAUGCCAACAAAUGCUCUAGAGGGUUCAUGAAACUCCUGGUACUCGCUAACUCAUCCUCAUUGAAUGACUUGGAGAAAGAAAUAGAAGUACUCCAAAACGACAUUAAAAAGAACCUAUCUUCGGCUGAAUUAGAGAAAGUUAACAUCGAAUUAGAACAACAAUAUCUCAAAUGGGAAACUGAAAUUAGUGCCAUGAAAAAGAAAAAAUAUCAAAGAGAUAACAUGGAUGUACAACUAAAUAGAGUAUAUAGAUGGCGACAAGUUAGAGAUAGAACACAAAUACCACUGAGGUCAAGAUCAUCAUCUGUUGUCUCUCUGUCGUCAACUGACGAGUCACAGAGUUCUGUGGAUAUAAGACCUAGAGUCAAAACCAACUACAGACAACAUAACCCCCAACAUCGGGCUGCUGAACUACGCAGGGAAAAAAGGAAAAUGUCCCCACCAACCACAAGGGGCAAAAAAACAAAAAAUAAUGAGCUAAUUAACCUUUCUACCCAUAUUCUCUCCGAGGAGCAACAGUACAUACUAAGUAAAGGUCUUAAUUUCUCACCAACUAAUAGUUUUGAUUAUUUUACAGCUUUAAAGGACCUAAAUUUAUUUUCAUGCAAAUUACUAUUGAGGAGACUGCAUGCAAAGAGGGAUCAAUUACUUUCUACCCCAGAGGAAAGAGAAGCGAUCCAAAUUUUGGAGGAGCUUCUGGCAGAGCAGGGGGGAGAACAAGGUAAGCCAUCAUACGUAGUGCCUACGAAAUCUACCACGUUUCCUCCCUUGUCAUUAUGUCCAGCCAUCGAGGUCUUCACUAAAGCGUCAAGUGAGGACCUCAAACAGAUAUCAUCCAUAGUUGUCCAGGACAAUCUAACCAAAAAACAGAGAGGAGCUUUAAAUGAACUUAUGGAAUUGAAAGAUGUAGUAUUUAAACCAGCAGAUAAGGGGGGAAACGUGGUAGUGUGGCCCAUCAGUAAAUAUGAACGUGAGGUAUUCAGACAAUUAAAGGAUAAGGACACAUAUGCUAAAUUAACCUCUAACCCCAUUACCCAGUUCUCUAUAAGGCUUGGCCAGAUACUUGAUUCGGCUUUCAAAUCCGGCAUCAUUGACAAAAAAACACAUAGUGGUUUGAUGUUACCAUAUCCUCAAACCCCUACCUUUUAUAUAAUUCCUAAAAUACACAAGGAUCCCCUCAAUCCUCCGGGGCGCCCGAUCGUGUCAGGCAUUGAUGGUAUAUGCGAUCCUAUAUGUAAAUUUAUUGACUACUAUUUACAACCGCUAGUAGAAUGUUUACCCUCUUUCAUCAAAGACACGACGGGAGCCCUGGCACGGAUUGAUGGAAUCUCCUUGGAACCAGAUAUGUGUCUGGUAACUGCAGAUGUAGAGAGUCUUUAUACAUGCAUAGACCAUGUGGACGGCUUGAGGGCUAUCAAAUUUUAUCUAGACUCUGGUCCGUGGGAUGCCGACACCUGCCAAUUAAUCCUCGAAUUAUUGGAGUUUGUUUUAACUCAUAAUUUCUUUACGUUUAAAAACCAAUUUUACCUUCAGAAACGCGGCACUGCCAUGGGGGCCGCCUGCGCCCCUUCGUACGCAAACCUCUUCCUAGGGUACUGGGAGAGGGGUUUGUUUCAGUGCGGAGGGGCGGAGGCGGGCUCCCAUGUGCAGUGCUGGAUUAGAUAUAUCGAUGAUAUUCUCUUCGUUUGGCAGGGGUCGGCUUCCCAAUUGAAGGACUUCAUGACAAUACUCAACACUAACAAUAUCAAUGUGAAACUUACCUAUAAGACAAGUAGAGAAUGCAUAGAAUUUUUGGAUAUACUUAUAAAAUGUAACACCCAUGGUUCUCUGUCAACAGACGUAUACCGUAAGCCCACUGCCACCAACCUUCUUUUGCAUGCAGCCUCCUCACACACUCCAUCAACUAUCAAAGCCAUACCAACAGGACAAUUCCUGAGAAUACGUAGAAUUUGCUCCUCGGAUGAUGAUUUCAAGAAACAAAGUGCAAUACUUACGGAACGUUUCCUCCAGCGUGGUUACAGCAGACGAUCUCUCAAAAAGGCCUAUCAGAAAGCUCAACAUGUACAUAGAGAGGACCUCCUACAAGGUAGGAAAAAGGUCACAAAUAAACAAAGUGACAAUGUGAGAUUUAUCUCUACAUAUAAUUGUAGGUGGGAACAAAUGAGAUCUUGUAUUCAAAAAAAUUGGGCUAUCUUACAGACAGAUUCUUUAGUGGCAGCGACUUUACCCCCCCGGGUCCAAAUGACAGCUAGACGUAGUCGCAACUUACGCGACAUGUUGGUUAGAAGUCACUAUAUAGCUAAUACCCCCAAUCUUUUUGGGUCAAAAGGACCCAGAGUUGGAUGUUAUCCCUGUGGCUCCUGCCGAGCCUGUACAAACAUACAGCGAGCCACAGAUUUCCUGUCUGCAGAUGGUUCUCGUCGCUAUCAAAUUCGCCAGUAUAUCUCGUGCACCAGUACCUUUGUGAUCUAUUAUGCCACAUGUGGCUGUUCAAAAAUUUAUAUUAGACUUACGUCCAGAGAAUUACGUAUAAGAACAAGGGAACAUGUACGAGAUAUACUGGCAACAAAAGAAGAGGAUGAUGUUACGCAUCUGAAAACGCUCCCUAGGCACUUUAACCUCCCUGGCGGUAUGAUUCUGUCUGGAAAUUUGUACCAAAAGCGGUACAAUUUUUUUAACUGAAUUUCACAUCUCCCUUCGUCCAUUUCACAUCUCCCCUGUCACAUUCCCCCUCCCUUGUCACAUUCCCCCUCUCCCU